GGUCACGCCCUCUUCUCUUUUUCUAACUAAAAUAGUUUUAGUGUGUGUGAGUGUUUGUUUGAUGAGUGUAUGUGUUAGUUGUCUGUGUGUGUUGUUAUAAUGGGGAAGAUUGAAUGGGCAAUGUGGGCAAAUGAACAGGCACUGGCUGCUGGUCUCAUUUAUCUGACUGGUGGUGUUGUUGGAGUUGCCGGUCAGUUCAGAGGAUGGCAGUAUGCAGCGUUCGGCAUUGCUGCAGGUGUGUUUGUGUGUUUGCUGGAAUAUCCCCGCAGUAAACGGAGUAAAGGCACGAGUGUUGAGAGGACUGGUCAAUACUGUUUCACUGUGUGUGUAAAGGCUUUUGGUCCUCUGACCAGUAACUAUUACAUCAGAGCAUUACUGCACGCUGCGCUGUGUGUUCCCGGAGGUUUCAUGUUAGCCACAGUACUGGGAUGUGUUUGUCUGGGAAUUGCUAGUUUAAUUUACCUUUCGGCAGCUAUCCAUGGAGAGCAUUGGGAGCCCAUAUUACACCAGAAAGAGCCACCAAAGCGCAUUGGGGAAAGCAUCAAAGAACCUCCACAGAACCCUCCACCCCGACCUCCUCCAGAACACCGCAGGAGAAAACCAGAUCACCUAGAGGCCGCUUCUUAUGACAAUCCUAUGGCUGUGAGUGUCACUGAAUAAUGACACCCUACAAACUCAAAAGUGCUUCAGUUACAGCCUGUACAUUAAUCACUAUGAUAUACUUUCUGAUUAUAUUUAUACUUUUAAAAUGCAACCCAACAGAAAGAUGGGAUUUGGCAAAACAUGAUUUUAUCAGCUGUAUUAGUUACUGGUUUUUAAUAUCUACUGUAUAUGUUCAACUGUAAAGAUUUCUCAACACUUUCAUUUUAAUGUUAUGGUGAAAAUAUGAGCUCUUAUGUCCAACAUCUAAUUCAAGCAUUGUGUUGCCAUCUGUUUAUUUGAAAUAUAUCUGCAAACUUGUCAUGUAUAAAAUUAAACUUUCUGUAAUAGAAAUAAUUUACUCACUGUUUGAAACAUUAUCCAAAACGACCUAUUAUGAAACUUUUUUGUCAUGUUUCAUUUCCUGUUUUUAUGUGUUAUAGUGUUUUCAGUUACAAUUUCAAAAUGGGGAAAA